UUCAGGGACAGUCAGCAAUCCAGAAGCCGCUGCACCAUGAGUGUCUCUGUGCUGAGCACCCCCAGAGCCCUGGGCGGUGUCUCUGGGCUCCUGCAGGUGGCCUCCCUGCUCGGCCUGGUUCUGCUUCUGCUCAAGGCAGCACAGCUCUACCUGCGCAGACAGUGGCUGCUCAAAGCCCUCCAGCAGUUCCCGUCUCCUCCUUCCCACUGGCUCUAUGGGCACAUGCAGGAGUUCCAAGACGAGACCGAGCUGCGACCCCUACUGAAGAGGGUAGAGAAAUACCCAAGUGCCUGUGCUCGCUGGCUGUGGGGGACGAAAGCCCUGGUGUUGAUCUAUGACCCUGACUACAUGAAGGUGGUCCUGGGGAGAUCAGACCCAAAGUCUCACGAUGCCUACAGAAUGCUGAUCCCCUGGAUUGGGAAAGGUUUGCUUUUGUUGGAGGGGCAGACGUGGUUCCAGCACCGGCGGAUGCUGACCCCAGCCUUCCACUACGACAUCCUGAAGCCCUACGUGGGUCUGAUGGCCGACUCUGUCCGAGUGAUGCUGGACAAGUGGGAGGAGCUCGUCAGCCUGGACUCACAUCUGGAGGUCCUUGGACACGUCUCCUUGAUGACCCUGGACACCAUCAUGAAGUGCGCCUUCAGCCACCAGGGCAGCAUCCAGACAGACAGGAACAUCCAGUCCUACAUCCAGGCCAUCAGAGACCUUGGCAAUCUGACUUUUUCCCGAUUAAGAAAUGCUUUCCACCAGAAUGACAUCAUCUACAGGCUGACUCCUGAAGGCCGCUGGAGCCACCGCGCCUGCCAGCUGGCCCAUCAACACACAGAUGGAGUGAUCAAGAUGAGGAAGGCUCACCUGCAGAAGGAGGGAGAGCUGGAGAAGGUGAGGAGCAAGAGGCACCUGGAUUUCCUGGACAUCCUCCUCUUCGCCAGAAUGGAGAAUGGGAGCAGCUUGUCUGACAGGGAGCUCCGUGCCGAAGUGGACACGUUCAUGUUUGAGGGUCACGACACCACAGCCAGUGGCAUCUCCUGGAUGCUCUAUGCUCUGGCCUCCCACCCUGAGCAUCAGCAGAGGUGCCGGGAAGAGAUCCAGAGCCUCCUGGGGGAUGGCGCAUCCAUCACCUGGGACCACCUGGACAAGAUGCCCUACACCACCAUGUGCAUCAAGGAGGCACUGCGACUCUAUCCACCAGUGCCAUUCAUUGGCAGAUAUCUGAGCAAGCCCAUCACCUUCCCUGAUGGAUGCUCCUUACCUGCAGGAAUCCCACUCUCCCUCUCCUUUUAUGGGCUUCACCACAACCCGAAGGUGUGGCCGAACCCAGAGGUGUUUGACCCAUCCCGGUUUGCACCAGGUUCUGAUCGACACAGCCAUGCUUUCCUGCCCUUCUCAGGAGGAUCCAGGAACUGCAUCGGGAAGCAGUUUGCCAUGAAUGAGAUGAAGGUGGCCGUGGCCCUGACCUUGCUUCGCUUUGAGCUGGCACCCGAUCCCUCCAGGGUCCCUGUUCCCAUUCCAAGAGUUGUGUUGAAGUCCAAGAAUGGGAUCCACUUGCAGCUCAGGAAGCUCCUGUAAUGCUUGUUGGAGACAAGGACGAGCUCUGAGGGCCCCUGCCUGCCAGCCUGUCUCGCUGUCACUCUCUCCCGUCCUUGCCUCUGUGCCCACUUCCUGCUUCUAUCUUCCCACCUGCCGGCCUACCUCAUCUCCUGCCUCCUGCCCGUCAGACGUUCUGCCCUCCUCAUCUCACCUUUCUCCAGGCUCCCUAUCUGCUUAUCUCUCCAUCUGUCUCUGACCCACCUGUGUCUCUGACUGUCCACCUAAACCCUGAUCACCUGCCCUCCUUCAGUCUGUCUACUCUCUCCCUGUCUUUCUCCCCUUCUGCCUACCUGUCUGUCCCUGAAUCCACUUCCUUUUGCUGAUAAAACAAUUGGUCACAGCCUUAAAGACUUCGAACAACACAGAAUCAUUCUCUGACAGCUCUGGAGUCAGAAGCCGGAAGUGGGUUUCCCUGGACACAGCCAAGGUGUUGGCAGGGCCCCCGGUGCAGGGAUGUAGGAGAGGAUCCCUCCCUUUGCCUUUUCCCACAUCUAGAGCUGCAAUCCUUGUGUUCCUUUGCUCCUGGGCCCUCCUCCAUAUUCAAAUCCAUCAGCUUCUUCAAAUGUCCCCCUGCUUCUGUCUUCACAUCACCUUCUCUUUCAUCAGACCUUUGUGAUUACACAGGCCCACUCAGAUAAAACAGCCUUGCUCUGAGUUCCGGGGAUUAGGACACGGACACCCUGGGCAGCCGUUACUGUAGCUGCUAAGUCCUGCGUGACUACCAUCGCCUUGGGCCCCUGAUCACCCCCGUGUGUUACGGGUCUGCCCAUUUGUCACUCACCUGGCUUCCCCUCUUUCCCACUCCCUGGAUAAAUUCACAAUGUCAUAUGGAGCGUGUGUGUCUUCCCUUGCAAGGAGCUGGAUGGAAUGGAAGAGAGAGAGAAGGGGAGGGAAAGCAGAGGAGACGAGGAGGGGACAUGACCCCUGGUCUGUGGGCCCAGAACCCCAGCAGGACAAGCGUGUCCCAGCGCCCCUGCAGCCUCACACUCUGGGGUCCCUCACGCCCCACAACCCGCCUGUCACCUGAGGCUCCCACGGCAGCUGAGUCGGGAGAAAGGGCUCGUCUCCAAAGGCUCAGAGGGAAGAAGCUCACCCCGGGCACCUGUCAGGGAAGGAGCCUCCCAGCUAUUGUGUGGUAGCUUCCUCGCUACAUCCUUAGAGGGGCCCAACUGAGACAUGCUGGGCCUGGGACCCUUUGCUGUAGCGCUGCAAUUCUUGCACCUGGUCACACCUCUCUUCGAGCAACAAAAUACAAAGAAAGUGUAUGGGACUAAAAAUAACUAUGUCCAUGCACAGUUGGGGCAAAUUCUGAGCAAAAUAUACCAAGAGACCAAAAAACCCAGCUGUCACUUUUUUUUUCUUUUUUCAUCUUUAUUGGAGUAUAAUUGCUUCACAAUGUUGUGUUAGUUUCUGCUGUACAACAAAGUGAAUCAGUUAUAUGUAUACAUAUAUCCCCAUAUCCCCUCCCUCUUGAGCCUCCCUCCCACUGUCCCUAACACACUGAAGGUAGUUGUACACAAAGACUCUUAAAAAGAGAGAGCAAAAUCCCUUGAUAAAGCAGUUUUGAUAGUUUCUAAUAUUUGUGGGUUCUUUAAUAGAUGUUUUUUGGAGUAUAAUUGCUUCUCAGUACUCUGUUAGUUUCUGUUGCACAACAAAGCAAAUCAGCCAUGUGCAUACACGUGUCCCCCUAUCCCCUCCCUCUUGCGUCUCCCUCCCUCCCAUCCUCCCUAUCCCACCCCUCUAAGUCAUCGCAAAGCACUGAGCCAAUCUCCCUGUGCUAUGCCGCUUCUUCCCACCAGCCAACUAUUUUAUACAUUACACAUUUGGUAGUGUAUAUAUGUUGAUGCUACUCUCACUUCGCCCCAGCUUCGCCCUCCCACCCCAUGUCCUCAAGUCCAUUCUCUAUGCCUAUCUCUUUAUUCCUGCCCUGCAACUAUGUUCAUCAGUACCAUUGUUUUUUUUUAGAUUCUCUCUAUAUAUGUGUUAGCAUACAGUAUUUAUUUUUCCCUUUCUGACUUACUUCACUCUGUAUGACAGACUCUAGGUCCAUCCACCUCACUACAAAUAACUCAAUUUCAUUCCUUUUUAUGGCUGAGUAAUAUUCCAUUGUAUAUAUGUGCCACAUCUUCUUUAUCCAUUCACCUGUCAAUGGACACUUAGGUUGAUUCCAUGUCCUGGCUAUUGUAAAUAGAGCUGCAAUGAACAUUGUGGUACAUGACUCCUUUUGAAUUAUGGUUUUCUCAGGGUAUAUGCCCAGUAGUGGGAUUGCUGGGUCAUAUGGUAGUUCUAUUUUUAGUUUUUUAAGGAACCUCCAUACUGUUUUCCACAGUGGCUGUAUCAAUUUACAUUCCCACCAACAAUGCAGGAGGGUUCCCUUUCCACCACACCCUUUCCAACAUUUAUUGUUUCUAGAUUUUUUGAUAAUGGCCAUUCUGACCAGUGUGAGGUGAUACCUCAUUGUAGUUUUGAUUUGCAUUUCUCUAAUAAUUAGUGAUUUGAGCAUCUUUUCAGGUGUCUCCUGGCCAUCCGUAUGUCUUCCUUGGUGAAAUGUCUAUUUAGGUCUUCCACCCAUUUUUUAACUGGAUUGUUUGUUUUUUUGAUAUUGAGCUCCAUGAGCUGUUUGUAUAUUUUGGAGAUUAAUCGUUUGUCUGUUGUUUCAUUUGCAAAUAUUUUCUCCCAUUCUGAGGGUUGUCUUUUGGUCUUGUUUAUGGUUUCCUUUGCUGUGCAAAAGUUUUUAAGUUUAAUUAAGUCCCAUUUGUUUAUUUUUGGUUUUAUUUCCGUUACUCUAGGAGGUGGGUCAAAAAAGAUCUUGCUGUGGUUUAUGUCAAAGAGCGUUUUUCCUAUGUUUUCUUCUAAGAGUUUGAUAGUGUCUGGUCUUACAUUUAGGUCUUUAAUCCAUUUGGAGUUUAUUUUUGUGUAUGGUGUUAAGGAGUGUGCUAAUUUCAUUCUUUUACAUGUAGCUGUCCAGUUCUCCCAGCACCACUUAUUGCCCACCCCUUAGGUGGUGUUGUGUGCAGGGGGCAUGGGCAGCACGCUGCUUUUGCUUCUGACCCCCAACUGCCACUUUUGAAGAGCCUAGAUUAAAAACAGGGUGUCAGGAGGAAAAGCAGGGUGCUGCGCAUUCCCCCUGCACACGACACCACCUAAGCAGUGGGCAGACCACCUAAGCCACCCUCUGGCCCAACCCCUGGAUACACCCCUACCCUCACCCCAUGUAAGAAACAAGCUUGACCCCCUUCGGGGAGUGAGCAAACAAGGGAACCUGUUGUUUGUUCUCGCUCCCCCACUGCUGCAGGGGCCCCAAUAAAGCCUUGCCUGCAUUUCUUGUCUGGCCUCUGAUCAACUUCUAUUGAUUAAGGAGGCCAAGAGCCCUGGUCAGUUACAUAUUUUGUGGCGCCCAACGUUGGGCCCUUCCUUGUGCCUGUCUGGGAAGAGGAUCUGGGCACCUCUGGGACCACCGAACGCAGCUUCACAGCAGGUGACAAGCGGCCACCUGAACCUCUUGUUUCAGUGUCACCACGUUUGGUAAGUCUGCCUUCCUGGCCCCUGGGGGCUUCAGUACCCUCAUUCAGACAACACUUUCCCCUUCCCUUCGUCCUUUUGCCUUCACCAUUUUCCCUUUCCCCUUGGUCCCUUUCCCUCUCCUGAAAUCUCUCUACUUCUCUUUCUGUCCUCUCCUCUCUCCGUCCUCUCCUCCUUCUGUCCUGUCCUUCCGAGAGAGUGGACAUCAGGCAGCUACAGCAUCACUCCUCUCAGCUUGUGAGACCUGCUCCCUCUGGCCGGCAACGGCUCACCUUGACGGGUGACAGGCAGAGGUGGGAGAGGCUCACCUCACGCCGUGCAGACCGUGGUCCAGAGGGCUCUCCCUGACCAGAGAUUAUGAGAGUGAUAGAUGUUCAAACCUCAUAUCGUGGAAUGGCUGGAAGCCCUAUCAUCCCAAUAUUCUCACCUUUAUUUUCCUGCCGCCAAGGAAAGUCCCACUGGGAACGGGCUGAAGGGGCAGAUUUCUAUAUACUGGUGUACGUGUGGGUGACAGUCCCACAGACAACAUACAACUGGCUGGUUUCCGGGCUUAAUCACCCCCGUGGGCUCCCUCCGUCACUGGCCCUUUCUGGAAGAGCGCUGUUUGGUGCCUGCAUGGACACCCGCGGGGGCAGGUUGAAAGGGCAAUCUCUCUCUUUCUGUCUCUUUCUCUUUUUCUGACAUUCUUUUCUGUCCCUCCUCCCUUUACCUCUCCCUUGGUCUUCACCCCUACACUCCAUCCACUUUAUCCUGAAACUUCUUGUUUGUGUCUUUAAGUUUUGUGAUCGGCAUAACUAUUCUUUCCUUGGAUCAAGGGGCUUGCAUCUCUGCCUCUGCCUUUGCAAUGUAACUAUUCUGCCUGGGCUCUCAGGAAGCACCUGAUCCAUCUGUAGUCCCCCACACCGAGGGAAAAAAGAAAAAGAGGGCCAUUUUAAAUUCAAGCAGGAAAACUAUGAAAUCUCUGGUUCUGUAGAAAUUAACUUGUCUAACUUAAGCUUGUGGGUUUAAUUAAUACAGACCUGUCUUUAGAGUCAUCAACUUUCAUUGUACCUAAGGUUCCUGGAAGUCAAUAAGUGCAUAUUGUUUCUGUUAUAAAAUGUGUCAACAGGGGAAGUAACCUGAUAUCAUUAAAUUUUUAAGUGAAAGUACUGGGAUCAGUUUUUGAUAACCUCUAUAGGAAUAAUUACGUCUUGGAAACAUCCAUCUAAAACAAGUCUCUCAAAAUUUUGGUAAAUUUGAAACUAAAUUAAGUUAAAUUGAAUAUUCAGGCCAUUUCAAAUAAGGUAAAAUAUUGGAACAUUAAUUGCUAAACAGGUCUAAACUUACCUACUUUUGUCUUCUUGUGAGAGAAAAAUUAAGCUAUUUGGUACUGCCUUGAAAUGUUCUCUACCAAUAGAGAAUGCUUAUGUAAAAGUUCAUGGGGGGCUUCCCUGGUGGCGCAGUGGAUGAGAGUCCACCUGCCGAUGUAGGGGACACGGGUUCGUGCCCCGGUCCCGGAAGAUCCCACAUGCCGCGGAGCGGCUGGGCCCGUGAGCCAUGGCCGCUGAACCUGUGCGUCCAGAGCCUGUGCUCCGCAACGGGAGAGGCCACAACAGUGAGAGGCCCGCGUACCGCAAAAAAAAAAAGAAUCCUCCUGCCAAUGGGAUUUAGGGGACACAGGUUCAAGCCCUGGUCCAGGAAGAUUCCACAUGCCGUGGAGUAACUAAGCCCAUGAGCCACAGCUACAUAAGCUCGUGCACCUAGAGCCCGUGCUCCGCAACAAGAGAGGCAACAGCAAUGAGAAGCCCGCACACCGCAAUGAAGUGUAACCCACGUUCAUCACAACUAGAGAAAGCCACGCACAGUAAUGAAGACCCAACGCAGCCAUAAAUAAAUAAAUAAAUAGGACAGUUCAUGGUUGCUUAAGGAAAGUAGGAUGCGUGUUUUCAGAAAAGAAGGUAUGAGGAAUGGAAAUAUAUUUUGUCGAAAGGAAAAAGGGUGAUCGUGUGGUAGAGCUGGAUAUUUCUCCAUGGGGAAAGGAUAAGGGACAAAUUAUGGCUACAGAAACUUGCAGAAGGUUUGCGGACGAGGAACACUGCACCGAGGAAACAAUUUUGUAUGUGGUCAGGAUUUUCUAAGGUUGGAUUAAAUUUAAUUAGGUAAAUGGAUUUUAUUAAGAGUAGGCUGAUGCAAGACUGGAUUUGGUUUCUCUCUCAUAAAAGAACAGAGUUGUCCUGGAACGCUGCUUUUGAUAACAGCUUGUGUGAGUUUCUGUGCCUUUAAGUGAUCUCUCAACUGGCAGGCCAUCAUGGUUAUUCUGGCCCACUGUUGCACCCCAGAUGACAAGGAGCAUAUACUGAGAAAGGCCAGGGAACGUGCAGGUGGCUUUCUGGCCACCAGUCCAUGCCACCAAAUUUAUCAGGUGGGUGGGGAUGCAAUCCCAGAUCAUGACCCACACUGGGGCUGUGAAGAUCGUGUAGGCCAGGCUAGGAUGAGACAUUAUAUUACUUGUCUAUCAGAAGGAAUGAAAAGUGUAUGAUGAAGCCUGUAAAUGAUGAUAAGGUCCAAGAGGUUACACAGGAAAAAGAUGAGAACCCAGCAGUCUUCCUGAGCCGGGUGACAGAAGCAUUCAUGAAGUCCACCAAUACAGACCCUGAGUCUGCAGAAGGGAGGACACUAUUGGCCGUGCAUUUUAUCACCCAGCCUACUCCUAAUAUCUGGAGAAAAUUACAAAAGCUUGAGGCUGGGCCCCAAACCCCACUGUCAAACUUGGUAGAGGAAGCCUUCAAGGUCUAUAACAACGGAGACUUAAUGGAGGAGGCCAAUGAGGAUGAGAGGCUAAUAAACAAAAGGCAGUUUUUGGCUGCUCUGAUCCACCCCCCACGUCGAGGAGACCCUGGAGGGCCAAAAAGGCUGGACAGACCACUAAGAAGCCGCCUGGGCCCAAACCAGUGUGCCUUUGUCAGAAAGGGGGGUACUGGAAGAGGGAACAUCCUGAGCACUGUCCUGUGGGACGCCCGAGGGGCGACCCCGACCGGCCCCAUUUCCUUGCAAAUCUCUUGGAUGAUAGAUUCCUGCACACCAACUGACAGGGCCCAAGUGCCUGCUGGGCUCCAGAUCCCACUCAAUCCAUCCUCAUCACUCCAGCGGAGCCUCGGGUCACCCUUGACAUGGCGGGUAUGGGAACUGAAUUGCUUGUAGACACUGGAGCCACCUGCUCUGUUCUGACUUGGCCAGCCGGCCCCCUCUCCAGGCGUGACUGUACAGUGACGGGAGUUGAUGGACAGCCAAAGGUAAGGCGAUUUAUGUUUCCCCUUGCCUGCGGAAUUUGGUCCAUUAUUAUUGCUCACUCAUUUUUGUAUAUGCCAGAAUGCCCUGGCCCUCUCCUCAGGAGAGACUUGCUAAAUAAGUUAGGAGCUAGUAUAUUCUUAGGACACGGUGAAGUCCAAGGAGGUAAAGAAUUCAAACAGAGAAUGCAUCUAUUAGUAGCCCCAAAUGACCCACCUCUUGGGCAUCAAAAUAUUCCCCAAGACAUCCACCAAGAAAUUAGAGUGGCAUGGACAUAUAUACACUACCAAAUGUAAAAAAGAUAGCUAGUGGGAAGCAGCUGCAUAGCACAGGGAGAUCAGCUCGGUGCUUUGUGACCACCUAGAGGGGUGGGAUAGGGCGGGUGGGAGGGAGAUGCAAGAGGGAGGGGAUAUGGGGAUAUAUGUAUAUGUAUAGCUGAUUCACUUUGUUAUACAGCAGAAACUAACACACCAUUGUAAAGCAAUUAUACUCCAAUAAAGAUGUUAAAAAAAAAAAAAAGGAAAGAAAUUAGAGAAUAA